UGGGAUCCCAUCUUACGAAUUUCCCAAGUACAAUUUAUAUAUAUGUACUAGUGCAAAAUAUUGAAAGGGUAUUGGAUUUGAUUAAUAUUAACAUAUUUAUAUAAGGAAUUUGAGACACUGAAAGGAAUAUACUCUUUUUAAAUGGAAGAAUACACCAGACCGGAUGGAGUUAUGUGCACUGCUUGAAAUAAUCAAAUCCAUUUUUCUAGUCGUAUUUUUGCUCCAUUCAGUAAGAACCGCACGAAAUUUUAAUUAUCUAAGCGUGGAGAAUCGGUGUAUCAAAGAUUGCAACUAUCUUAGAUCGAUCCCUAACGUGACAUUUAAUUGUGAUGGUGACAAUAGCUCGUGUGAUUGGCAGUGCGCGGCGCAGCGAAUGGGCUGCGACGUGGGCUUGAUCUAUCAUUGUGCACCUUACUUAAGGAAUCAUGACUUGAAUCUCAACCAAAUGGAAAACAUAGAGACAUGCGCGCCGGAGAAGUUUUGCAAUGCAGGGGAAGAACCAUAUGUUACGUUUAUGGCGGACGGCGCGGUGGGGUCACAUAAAAAAGCUAUGAUAAAAUGCCUUCCCUGCAAGAACCCAAACUUUUACAACAGUCGUGCAGGACAGUCUUCUGCUUCAUACAGCCGAUGUUACCAACUGAAAGUCAACAAAUGUAUCCCGGAAGAACACAAAAUCGACUGUGGUGAUAUUUCCUGGCGAACUCGAAAGGAGACUGACGGACUGUGCCGUUGUGCCGCUGGUCACGCUCCAGCAAACGAAAACGUAAACACGACGUGCUUCAACAGUAACGAAAUUUGCGUUCCAAAAACAUGUGCACAAUCAAACCAGGAGCUUCUAUCAGAUUACACAUGUGGCGACAAGUGUCCUUCUGGAAUGCACAGGACGGGGCAAUCAGAUGACUGUGUUCCUAACAUGCUUGUUCAAACCACGAAAAAAUUACCCACGAUAUUGACAUCUCAACGGAGCACAGCAGAAACAGAAAAAAAGGUUGCCAUAUCAACCACUACAGACACUAAAAUAGUUCUUUCUACUGCAGUAAGUGGAGAAAUGGGUAACGCUAAUGGCUCAGACAAAAACACUGACUUCCCAAUAAUCAUUGGAAUCAUGGGGGGCUGCAUUGGCGCCACAUUUCUCGUAGUAUUAUCAAUUGUAAUUAUUUUCAAAUGCAAAACACAAUCAGGGAGCCGCGUUCAUGAGCAAUCACUUACCAAAGGAUUACAUGAAGGCACAGGAAAUUGCAGGGACGUAGGGGCCACUGGCGGAUUAUCUCCUUACACACAGAAUGCCGCGACAGGGACGCGUUCUCAAGCGUAUGAUCAACACCAAGUCUACGGAUCUGAUCCCUCGCCUUUCACUCAACCAGGAUUCAACUCCUUUCAAACCACAAUCGGUCAAAGAUUAGCGAAUCAAAUAAGCAUAACAUUGUAUUACAAUAGUAAAACUAUCAACGAGACGGUCACCCACAUAGCAGGAGAUCAAGUGAAAGUGACAAGCGAUAACUCAAAUGUCCAAACUGGUUCGGGUCCUACGGAAUCUUCACCACAAGAAAUCGAGGAAACAAGUUUCUCCAAGUCACUAGACCAUAAAUUAUUGAGAAGUGAUCGGGAAGUCGAUAAUCAAAGUGAUUCCGAAACACCUUUGCUUUCAGGAUAUGAGAAAAAUCAUCCUCUAGAAUCAUCUGGCAACACAUCUACCGUUAUGAUUAAGGAAAGAGAUGAAAACGCUGGUAUGAACACCGGCUCCUGCCAAUCCCCCAGUGAUGGAGUCGAUGGUAGUGCUGUGGCAGGUGAUUGUUGUGAAUUAUGCAAUUGUGACAAUCAAGGUUGAGUUGGUGACUGAAUAUCAUAUCAUAAAAAACGAUGACAUCACACUUCAAGGGUCCGUAUUUGAAGGCAAAAUCCCAGCGAAAACGCUUUCGUAGAAAAAUAACCCUUUGCCACCUGAUUCCGUUUUCUAUACACACGGAGCGACAUUUUGCCGAAAGGGAGACGAUUAAACAAUGAAACAUACGGGAACAAUGGGCAAGACCACACAUUGUGCGAAAAGCUGAGAAGAUGAAACGAAGGGGACAUAACAUACCUCUGGGAGUGGCCAGGCGUAUUUUAUUUUAAAAGUACAAAUAUUGAAAUAUUAAUGGCGUACUUGUCAAUUUGGUAAAAAGGUUAAAUGAUACAUAUUGUAAAUGUCGAUGUACAUGGACUCCGUCAGGCCUCCGAACGUGCUUACAGUGAAAAUGAUACCAAAGCGUCUGAAAGUGAACGUGUGUUGAAGCAUUAAAAGGCAAUAGAUUUAAAAAUUAUCAUAUCAAUUUUACCAAAUAAAAUGCUCAAAGCUGUCGUUUUAUCUAUUAAAGAAAAAACUUCUUUUUAACGAAUACUGAAUGGUCGAAUUUGGAAUCAUUGUUAAAAUCAACAAUCAUUAAUUUUAUUGAGUUGAACAUUAAAUAACCAUUAUGUUUUCUACAUGGUGGUGGUAUAAACAUAACAUCCAUUUAAAAUGUUUGUUUUAGUGUUUGGCAUCUAAGCUUGAAAAUUGUUUUCACUUCAUUUUUAUAUUAACUAACAUUUUUUUGCAUUAUGAAAACUACAGAUAUUGUUCAAAACAAUUGAAGUAGUCAAUAAUAUUUUAUUAACAUUUUGCCAUGUCAAUUCUUUCGUUUUAUCAGAUGGGGCAUUAUUGUUUUUAAAGAUAAAUUUUGUUUUGAAAAUGAUCAUACAUUAGAUAUGACUAUCUGAUUAUUUUUAUUAAAUGUGGGCUAAUAAAGAAACUUCCGGGAAGAAGGGUUUCCCAAUAUAGUUUAAUGCAUAUCAAACUUGAUUAUGACUUAAUUUUACAGUCUUGAAGUGCUGUUUCGCCUAAGCAUGAUUUUAUAAUGUGUUGAGCUGAAUUGAAAUUGUUAGUGUUCAAUGUAACGGAACAUUUUAUUUUAUUCUUUGGGAUAAAUUUGUUAUGUUUGUACGUUUUAUAUGUAAGCUAUUUCAUUGAAAACAUGCUUAUGCUAACAGA